GAUUCCCGGAUGGAUGUGCCGGCCCGGCCCGGCCCGCUCGGCGCUCGUGCUUCUCCCCAGUCCCGUCCAUCCAAAGCGUUUUGCACUUGUGCACAAACUGCGGCUGCUGUAGAUACGCGCGCCGCCACUCCAAGGUCCAAGCCUCCCUUGCUCCCGCCACCGCCCCUCACCAUGGGCAGCGCCGCCGCCUCUCCGCAGCCGUCUGGGAAUCUGACGCAGGACGAGCUCAAGCGCGUGGCGGCGCACCGCGCGGUGGAGUUCGUGGAGUCCGGCAUGACGCUGGGCCUGGGCACGGGUUCCACGGCCGCGCACGCGCUGGACCGCCUGGGCGACCUCCUCCGCGCGGGCGCGCUGCCCGGGGUCGCCGGCGUUCCCACCUCCCUCAAGACGGAGGCCCACGCCGCCCGCGUCGGGAUCCCGCUGCUUCCGCUCGACGCCGCCUCGGGCGCCAGCAUCCGCCUCUCCAUCGACGGCGCCGACGAGGUCGACCCGGACCUCAACCUCGUCAAGGGCCGCGGCGGGUCGCUGCUCCGGGAGAAGAUGAUCGAGGGCGCCGGCGAUCGGUUCGUCGUCAUCGUCGACGAGUCCAAGCUCGUGCCGAGGCUCGGCUGCACGGGCGCCGUCCCCGUCGAGGUCAUCCCCUUCGGCGCGCCCCACACGCUCGGCCUCAUCCGCAAGGUGUUCGAUGGAGUGCCUGGCUUCCACGCCAGGCUGAGGACGGUCCCCGCCGCCAAUGGGGAGGACUCGGACGCGCCGUUCCUCACCGACAACGGCAACUACAUCGUGGAGAUGUUCUUCGAGGACGGUAUCCGCGGCGACCUGCUGGACAUCAGCGAUCGUCUGCUCCGGAUCACCGGCGUCAUCGAGCAUGGCAUGUUUCUUGGCAUGGCCACUACAGUCAUCGUCGCUAACAAGGACGGCACCGUCACAGUCAUCAACAAGAAGAAGAUGAAUCAAGCCGUGAGCUCAACUUCAACGCGUGGAAGAGGAAAAAGUGAAAGGGUGUGGACUUAUUUUGAGGAUGAAGCAUUGUUGAAGGCACUCUUUGAGCUAUCCCUUGAUCCAAAGUGGAAAAGUGAGGGUAGUUUCAAGAAUGGUUAUCUUUCUGUCCUCAAAGCUACACUUGCUGAAAAAAUUCCAGGUUGUGGCCUCACUGCAGUUCCACAUAUUGAGUCUAGGGUCAGACACUUUAGAACAAAGUAUGGUGCAAUUGAGGUUAUGCUAGCAAAUAGUGGGUUUUCUUGGGAUGAGAACAGGAAGAUGGUACAAUGUGAGAAGCAACAAUAUGAGGACCAUUGUAAGAGACAUCCUGAUGCAAAGGGCUUAUAUGGCAUUUCAUUCCCACACCUUGAUACCUUAGCCGCUAUAUAUGGGAAGGACAUUGCGACAGGAAAAGGUGCUGAAGGUCUUGGUGAUGCUAUUUCAAACUUGGAGAAAGAAAUAACUUUGGAAGAGAGUCAUGAUCGAGAAGUGGAAGAAGAUAGUAUGUCUAGAGAAACACCACGAUGGGCUUCAGAUAGGAACUUACUUGAUUCUACUUCAUCAACCUCUAAGAGAAGGAAGCGAGACAAAGGAAAUGAAGUUCGCAAGUCAAGUGACCCAUUUUUGGAUAUGUUAGGUGAAUUUCGUGAUGAUCUUAAGAACGCUUCAAAUCACUUUGGAAAAAUGACUGAAAUCAUGGAGCGUGAAGCUAAGCUCCAAGAGGAGGCUGCACAUAAGGAUCCAAUGCAAGUCCUACAACAAAAAUCUAUAACUGAGCUGACUAGGUUGGGAUUUACCAGUACUGAGCUUGUCAAGGCAGCGAGUGUGUUUGUGAAUGUGCCAAACCAGAUGACCAUGCUUUUUGCACUUCCAGAGACUCUAAGGAGAGGGUUCAUACUGAACAUGCUCGCCAAUGAGGCUCAAAAGAAUUGAGUGCUGAAGAGAUGAUCAGUUCUGAUAAGCUAAUGUUCAUCUGUGAAGCAUUUGAAGUUGGAACAAUUUUACAGCAUGGAUAAUGGUCUGAAAUUUCUGGAAUACAAAAUUUUGGAAGUAUUUUCUUAGCAUAUUCAAGUUUGUGCAGAUUUCUGGAUGUGCAAGUUCCAUAAAUUUUUGGAAGUAUUUUCUUAACUUCAUGUUCUUCAUUAGACAUGGUGAUGCAGCAUGGAUAAUGGUCUGAAAU